AUGUACCCUGGUACUUAUUUACUUUUACGAUUACACUUACCUAUUUACUAUUUAACUCGUAGGACGCAGUGGUGAAUCGUAAUUCGUAUUUACUAAUUAGGUACUAUUUAUUUAACUGUAUUACCUUUGAUUUAGAUUUUACUGAUGUAGAUUGUUGAUGCAUCACAUAUUGGAUUUGGAUACCCUCAAAGGAAACACGUAGUCCAAGAUACGAAUUAUAGAAAUUUACGAUCAUAGUAAAUCUUCAACAAAAUUAGCCCUGGAAGAUCCGCCUCAGUUAAAUAAUAUGCCAGCAGUAACAUCGACCACUGAGGAAGAACAAAAUGAAUCUGAUCAAAAAAUGUGGAGUGCCCUCAAGCGGCAUAUUAUCCGGGAAAGACAGAGAAAAAAAGAAGAAUAUGAAGCUGAAGUUGAAGAAGAAAGAUUGAGGAAGGAGAGGGAAGCAAGAGAACAACAAAAUGUUAUGACCCUAGAAGAGACAAAGGAACAGAUAGAACAACUUGAGCAGAAAUUAAAACAGCUAGAGAAGGAAAAGCAGCAGCUCUUCAUGCAGUUAAAGAGAGUUUUAAAUGAGGAUGAAGUAAGAAAGAGACAGCAACAAAAGGAGGCCAAUGAAAUGCAGCCAAUGAAAAUGUCAAUGAAUAACAUGCAGAUGCCAAUGUUUCAAAUGCCACAGCAGCAGGGUCAAGGUGAACCUCCACCAAAUCAGGGCCGCCCUCCUCCUCUCACCUCACACAUGUUAAACAAGGUAUUCUUUAUCUUAGCAAGGGUCAACCCUGUGAAGUUCAGAUAUUUGGCAGAGGAUAAUGCCAGGUACAAUGUUGUGUAA